AUGUGGAGCUCUGGCCUCGUGCGUUCGCUCUCGAGUCGCUACAGCCGCGCGUUCUCUGUGACGUCUACUGCGUCAAAUACUGUGGCGUUUGCUCCGUCGUUUGGUAUCGCGUUUGACAUUGAUGGCGUCUUGAUCCGUGGCGGCCACGAAUUACCCAAGGCAAAGCGAGUGCUGCAGAGUCUGCGAGCGAACAAUGUACCGCACAUUUUUCUGACCAACGGCGGCGGCUGCAUGGAGAAGAAGAAAGCGGAGAAUCUCAGCAACAUUCUGGACUUGGCCAUCGACCCAGCGCACAUGAUUCUCUCGCACACGCCCAUGCGCGAGAUCGCCAAGACGUAUGGAGACAAACGAGUGCUCAUUAUGGGCUCACACGAUGUCUGGCACGUGGCCAAGUGCUACGGGUUCAAGAAGGUUGUGAGCGUAGAAAACUUGCUGCAUCACCACCCAACUCAGUAUCCGUUCAUCCAUUACGAACAAACACCGGCACCACACUACGAAGACCCUAUCGAGGCUAUCAUUGUGAUGCACGAUCCGACCAAUUGGGCGCCUGAAAUUCAGGUCGCAGUGGACGUGCUAAUUGGAGGUGACCCGCCUGGAAGUGGAAAUCCUUCGGGCAAACAGACGCCGUUGUUCGUAAGCAACGACGACUUCGUCUUCAGUGGAGCAUAUCCGUUCCCCAGAUUCGCCCAAGGAGCGUUCACGAGAUGCUUAAAACUGCUGUAUGAAGACCUGACUGGACGCAAGUUGGAGGUGACGAACUACGGCAAGCCUCACAAUGUCACGUACAACUACGCGGAAUGUCUCCUCAACUCGAUUUCGGGACAGUCUGAGCCACUCAAGCAUAUGUACGGUAUUGGUGACAACCCCUUGUCCGACAUUCAAGGAGCGAACAACGCUGGCGAUGACUGGACGUCCAUUCUCGUUCGCACGGGUAUUUACGAUGGCUCGAAGGACCCGGAGCAUGAACCUGAUGUGACUGUCGACGGUGUGUACGAAGCCAUCAAGCACAUCUACAAGCGUGAAGGCAUCAACGACUCCACGCUGUGA